GAUCUCUCUCUCUCUCUCGUAGUCGUCGACGCGUCUCACUAAUAACUGACCCAUCUUUAAUGCUCGUCCUUCUCCCUUUCUAAGAUCCGGCCUUUAGAUUUCGUCACCCUUUCUGCAACCUACUCAGUUCCUUUUUUCCUUUCUCUAUCGACCUUUCUUUUCUCGCGAGCGUGUUUCCGAAGUUUCCAAUUCAGGUUUCUUCUAAUGCAUUUCGUUUUCGGUUUCUUUUGUUUUGAAAGAAACUACUUCUGAUGAGUGAGGAUGGACAAUUUCCUGGAAAAGGGGUCCAAAAUUGCAGGCAUUGCUGAUCGGAGCUCCGGCGGAAGGUUUUUCUCGACGGGACGAACUCCCCGAGGUCUCGAGAAGCUCUUUCCCCACUUUCACUAGUCAUGGAUGGUCAUGCUAAUGGCAUUAUGGGGAUCCAUUUCCAGGAAACAAGAAGGUUCAGAAGCAGAGGAACUUUCUGAAAUUGGCCUCUGAUUCUACUUCGUGCAGUAGUGGUACCACGGGAAAACUCGUUCACGUUUGAACCGGGGUGGAGAUAUUUAAACCAAGCCAUUGGGACUCCAAUGAAGAAGUUAGUAGCUGAGGAGAUGUUGAGAGAAACUGAAUACAAAAGAAGGUCUCCAAGUAUUAUUGCCAGAUUGAUGGGUCUUGAUGGGCUGCCACAUCAGCAGCCUGCUCACAAACAACAAAAGAAGUCCUCGGAGAACUAUAUUAAGAGGACAACAUCAGUAGAGAAAGCUCCAAAGAGUGGAUCAUUUUAUGACCAUCGAUCAUCUAGAAGGAACUCAAAGGAGCAGGAAGAGUUUAAGGAUGUACAUGAGGUUUUGGAAACAUCAAAGAUAGAGAGUAGCAGCUGUUCAUCACUGGGGCUUACAAACUCAAAGCUUUCCGAUGCUGAGAUGGCAUUUAUUCAGCAGAAGUUCAUGGAGGCUAAACAUCUUUCAAGUGAUCAAAAGUUACAGUAUAUGAAGGAGUACCAUGAUGCACUCGAGGUACCAGACUCCAAUAAAGAUCGUCUGCUCAAAUUUCUACAACAACCAGAUUCAUUGUUCACAAAGCAUAUGCAUGAUCUGAGAGUUGCUCCUCCCCAAAGUCAUCAGGGUUGCAUGGAAGCUAAGGAGUUGUCAGGUGCUCAUAAGUAUGAAAGUGGUGAACUUGGGAAGUCAGUGAGACGAACUCUUAGAUCUCCCCAGAACCAUUGCGAUGGUCUUUUUGCCUACCCUGACUGCAGAUAUGCUAAUGCUCUCAAUUCGACAAAGACUCCAUUUGAACGGAAGGAUGAGUUGGCUCCUAUACCUACAAGUAUAGUUGUGUUAAAACCGAACAUACGGAAGGCCAAGAAUGGUACCAGCUGUGAUUCAUCACCUUGUUCUUCGCAUGCUAGCCUGUCAGAUUGUAGGGUGCACACAGAAUUUCCGAUUAGCAAAAAUAGGAAGGGAAACCUAAGGGGGGCAAAAAAUUUUCCUGAUGGUGUGGGGCUUUCAAGUCAUAAGUCCAGAGAAUCUAGAGAACUUGCGAGGGAAAUAACUAAAAAAAUGAGAAAUAGUUUCCGUAGUGGUUCUAUGAAAAUUUCAUCUGCUGUAUUUACAGGAUAUGCUGGGGAUGAGAGUUCAUGUGACAUGUCUGGGAAUGAAUCAGAGGCGAUUACAGUGGAAUCAAGAAAUUCAUUUGACUUGAGUAACCAGUACAAGCUUUCAUCAUACCUUUUGGCUGAAUCCUCUGUGAGCAAGGAGGCCAAGAAGAGACUGUCAGAGAGGUGGAAAAUGACCAAAAAGUCUCAAGAGCAGGGAGUUGUUAGUAAGGGCAGCACACUGGCUGAAAUGCUUGCUAUCCCUGAUAAGUACUUAAUGCCAGCAGAUUUAAACGGAAUGAUUGUUGGGGACAAAAUUAGUGACAAAUUUUCAAGUAAUGAUAGACCAAAUGGGUGGGUUGAACCUCUGGGAAUUAGCAGUAGGGAUGGCUGGAUGGAUGGAUCUGUCAGAAACUUAUCAAGAUCUAGAUCUCUUCCUGCUUCUUCUAGUGCUUUUGGAAGUCCCAAGACAAGCAUACACAGCGAAAUGUUUUAUGGUAAAACGUAUCUCAUGCCAAAAGAUGCCUUGAGGAAGGAAAAAAGCAAGAGAAUAAAGGGUAAUUCUGAUGGGAGGCAUGGGCUAGUCCCUAGAAAAUCAAGAUCUAGUAGUAAGAAUUCUCAUUCUUCUAGCUGCACAGUCGGGGAAAGUAAAGAUUGUUUGGUAGAGGUUCAUACAAGCCAGAAUCAAGUGGAGGCUAGGUUUGAAAGGAUUGAUCCAUCUGAAAAAGAUGUUAUGAUCUUUGAGUCAUUAGUUAGCAUUGACAAUCAUGCUAGUCCAGUUCCCAAAAAUGUGGGGGAAGUGAGAGAAGAGACUAUGGCCAUGCCUUCUGAAACUCCUGAUGAGUUGCUACCAGAAGUAUCAGGUGGCAAGGACGAUAUCUCUGCUGGUGGACAAGAUAUCUUAAUUACACAGGAACCAUUGAUGGGGUCAUUUGAGGAAGGUUCGGUUUCCUUGCUUCAUCCUCUGCCUGGACUAGAAUCGCCAAUUAGCUCCAAGGAGGCUGAUCAACCCAGUCCAGUUUCAGUUAUGGAAGCUCCGUUUACGGAUGAUCUGUCAUCAUGUUCCGAAUGCUUUGAGAGUCUCAGUGCUGACCUCCAUGGUCUUCGGAUGCAACUUCAGCUACUCAAAUUGGAGUCAGAAGCAUUUGCAGAGGGGCCCUUGCUCAUAUCUUGUGAUGAAGAUGUUGGUGAAGGAUCCGUUUUGAAUGAGAAGGGAGUUUGUGGAACUGAAGAGAGUUGGCAGCCUACCUACAUAAUUGAUGUCUUAAAUGACUCCGGUUUUAACGAUUGUGAUCCUCAUAUGUUCACGGCUAUCUGGCACUCUUCAGAAUGCCCCGUGGAUCCCAUUGUAUUCGAAGAACUUGAGAAGAAGUACAAUGGCCGGACUUCUUGUGCAAGGUCGGAAAGGAGGUUACUCUUUGACCGUAUAAAUUCAGCACUCCUGGAGAUUCACCAGCAAUUCAUGGGUUCACAUCCAUGGGUGAAGCCUGCAACGAUGGCUGGCUGUAAGUGGAUUAAAGAUGGGUUCCAAGAUCGUUUCUCUGUGUUGCUAGCAGAGCAAGAGAAGAAAUCGAAUGAAGACAUUCUGGGGAAUGUCCUGACAAGGGAGUCAUGGUGGUUGGGUUUGGGUGACGGCAUUGAUGUAGUAGGUAGAGAAAUCGAAAGAUUGUUGACAGAUGAGCUAGUAGCAGAGUUCUUGGCUCUGUAGUGUAGUGAUUUGGAACCACGGCUCUAUUUUGUUCAGGGCAUUAAGCGUGUGUAAAUGAAGCUAUAAAAUGCUCAUUUCUCGAGAGAAUGAAUAAGAGGAUCAAAAUCAAAAUCCUUUCACCAAAAAGAAGAAUCAGGCUGUAGGCAUGAAAGUGGCAUACCAAAAUGAGAAGGUAUAAAGACAUCAUUAUCUAAGGUGGCACCCUUACGAUUAUAAGGGUUGAGGGUUUAAUCAAAAUUAGUGCUCAAUAGUUGUAGGGCCAUUGGAUUUAUGUAUAGGUUUGUAAUGUAUCUGAGCUGAUAUCAUAUAAAAAAGUUCAAGUAAUGAAGGAGGUGAUAUAUAAUUGGGAUAAAUUGUCUUGUUAUUAUGUAGGGGAAUGGUGUUAAAUUACACUUUGAGAGGGUUAUGGUUUUCUUGCACUAUUCUUAAUUUUAUAUUUUGGGUUGAUGUCAAUGGACUGGGUUGUUUGUGUUGGACUAUGACUUAAUUAAAUUAGAAUUCCAUGGUCCUAGGGAGGUUUAAAUUUCAUAUUGUUGAGUAGAUUUUGGUUCUGUUGCACUAUUUAUAUACAUUUUAGGGGAAAUACUUGUUUACAGCUUUGGGAUUUGAACUUUUUACAUACU